GUGUAACACUGGCAGUGGAUGCUGCUCAUUCCUGACAAUUGAACGCGAUUCACCCACUGAAUAUUGCAUUCACUUUCACCUCAAGGGAAUCUGCUCUCCUGUGCUCCGUGCCGGUCAUGAUCUUGUCGCGCCGCGACAUUUGAAAGACCGUCAAAUCGAGGCGGCUUCAAUCGGGCUCUCCUAACUUUCUGCUCAUAUAGCUAUCACUUACUCCUCAGAUUACGAUAAAAAAGCUCUUUGACGAGAUAAUCCCACGAUAAUACGAUCAUCUGAUAUAAACGAGUUGCACCAUGGCCGCAAAGCGCAAGGCGUCGGCCCUUAACGCCGCCAUCGAUGAUGAGCCUGUCGACCCGUCCGAUGAACUGGCUUUUUACUGCCUAGGUGGAGGUAACGAGGUCGGACGAUCAUGUCACAUUAUUGAAUAUAAGGGAAAAACUGUCAUGCUUGACGCUGGCAUGCAUCCCGCGAAAGAAGGGUUCUCUGCGCUUCCUUUCUUCGAUGAGUUUGACUUGAGUACGGUGGAUAUUCUUUUGAUAAGCCAUUUCCACGUCGAUCAUUCCUCCGCUCUUCCCUAUGUCCUCAGCAAGACCAACUUCAAAGGCCGUGUCUUCAUGACACAUGCCACCAAGGCCAUCUACAAAUGGCUUAUCCAAGAUAAUGUCCGUGUCAGCAAUACAGCAUCUUCAUCGGACCAGCGCACCACCUUGUACACCGAACAUGACCACCUUUCUACCCUCCCCUUGAUCGAAACAAUCGACUUCAACACAACUCAUACCAUCAACAGCAUUCGCAUCACUCCCUUCCCUGCAGGUCAUGUUCUUGGUGCUGCAAUGUUCUUGGUUUCUAUCGCCGGAUUGAACAUUCUUUUCACUGGCGACUACUCCCGUGAGGAGGAUCGACAUCUUAUCCCAGCCGAAGUACCCAAAGGCAUCAAGAUCGAUGUCUUGAUCACCGAGUCCACGUUCGGAAUAUCAUCUAACCCUCCUCGCUUGGAACGUGAGGCAGCACUUAUGAAGUCGGUAACGGGUGUAUUAAAUCGUGGCGGAAGAGUUCUGAUGCCGGUGUUCGCCCUCGGCCGUGCUCAAGAACUGCUGCUCAUUCUAGACGAAUACUGGGAACGACACCCUGAAUUGCAGAAAAUUCCAAUUUACUACAUCGGAAAUAUGGCACGACGAUGCAUGGUCGUGUAUCAGACAUAUAUAGGAGCGAUGAAUGAUAAUAUUAAGCGACUCUUCCGACAGCGAAUGGCAGAGGCAGAAGCAAGUGGCGAUAAAAGUGUCAGCGCUGGACCUUGGGAUUUCAGAUUCGUUCGAAGUCUGAGGAGUCUCGAAAGAUUUGACGACUUGGGAGGGUGUGUCAUGCUGGCCUCACCUGGUAUGCUGCAGACAGGAACAAGUAGAGAGCUGCUUGAGCGAUGGGCCCCAAGUGAGCGUAAUGGUGUCGUGAUGACCGGUUACAGCGUCGAAGGAACAAUGGCCAAGCAGUUACUGAACGAGCCUGAGCAGAUCCCAGCCGUGAUGUCAAGAGCAGCGGCAGCAGCAAGGAGAGGUGUCACUUCAGGGAACGAGGAGGAGCAAAAAGUUAUGAUUCAACGAAGGUGCACUGUGGACGAGAUCAGUUUUGCUGCACAUGUGGAUGGCGUGGAAAAUAGAAACUUCAUCGAAGAAGUAGCUGCACCCGUUGUGAUUCUCGUUCACGGUGAGAAGCACCAAAUGAUGCGACUCAAGUCAAAGCUGCUCAGUCUCAACGUAGACAAGACCGUGAAGGUGAAGGUCUACACCCCAGCAAACUGCGAUGAAGUUCGCAUUCCUUUCAGAAAGGACAAGAUUGCAAAGGUUGUGGGAAGAUUGGCACAAGUGGCACCGCCUUCAGAGGAGGACAAUGGCCAACUGAUGGCCGGUGUCCUCGUUCAGAAUGGAUUCGACCUGUCACUCAUGGCGCCUGACGAUCUCCGUGAGUAUGCCGGUUUGACGACCACAACUAUCACAUGCAAACAGCACAUUACUCUCAGCUCCGCCAGCAUGGAUUUGAUCAAGUGGGCACUCGAGGGUACGUUUGGAGCUAUUGAAGAGGUUGGCACUCGCGAAGUACAUACCAAGGAAGAGGGCAAAGACGAUUCUUUGAAGGAGGAUGCCGACGAAGAAAUCCCGAUGGAAAAGAGCCAAACGUACUUGGUCAUGGGAUGUGUCAUCAUCCGUCACAAUCCUCGCACACGCGAGGUAGAGCUGGAAUGGGAAGGCAACAUGAUGAAUGACGGUGUUGCUGACGCAGUCAUGGCGGUUCUCCUAACUGUUGAAAGCAGUCCUGCAUCUGUGAAGCAAUCCGCCAAAAACAAACACCACCACCACCACCAUCACGACGAUGUGCCAGAACUGCCUAACCCCCACUCGCAGCUUGGAUCUGAAGAGCGUUUCGCGCGUCUUCUCAUGAUGCUGGAAGCACAAUUUGGAUCUAACAUUGCUCCCAUUGAGCGUCCACGACUCCCGUCCGAGUUACUUGGCAAUGGCGCAAAGAAACCCACUGAGAGCGCAGAGCAAACACCAGCCACAGAGGCAGAGGACGAAGACGACGAGCGCACCGCAGAACUGGAAGAGGUUGAACUUGCCCGACUGCACAUGCUGGGAAUCCCCGUUCCUGGUAUUGAGAUCAAGGUCGACAAGCAUGUUGCUCGGGUAUGGCUCGAGGAUCUGGAGGUUGAAUGCGCAAACCCUGUCAUGAGGGAUAGAGUCCGGGUAGUUGUUGAACGGGCCGUGGAAACCGUUGCUGGUAUGUGGACUGAGGGUCCUUCGCCAGCGCCUGUUACGAAUGGAACUGCAAAGGACAAGACUGGUGAUGUCCCAAAGAGUGUUGAGAUUGAGGCCAAGGCAUGAUGUAUUAUUUAGAUGUGUGUACUAUUUAGGGGCGUGGGAAACGAUUUGCCUGAUUCGAAAACCCAAAAUACAUAUGCUAGGAAAAUGAUCUACAGACAGUGUCUUGCAGAUCCCUACUCCAUAAAGACCCUGUCAUUUUAAUACCAUUGCUUAUCAGCCCUGCUAUGACGACAGUCCGUUAGAGUGGCGCCU